ACGGGCGAUGGGAAACAAAAGCAGGAGCAGAUAGGACCAUGUCUCCUACCAACUCGACACAAGGCCGACAUGCUCAACCACGUCACGGAGAUACCCCGGUUAUUCAACCUAACCACAGCAGUUCAAUUAGCACUAGUAAGGAGACUGAGAAUAGAUCAUGCAGUGGAAGCGGCCAGCCUGGCCCCAGCUCUGGGAGCUCUUGUAUAAUGAGAGCAGCUACAUUAGAACACGGUGGUCCAGUUUCCGCCAAGUCUCUUCUGCACCACGAUAGCCAACAGGCGCAAGAGCACACCGCGGAGCAUCAAAGGACAACGCCAAGAAAGAGUAUUGUCGAUCCAAAUGGAAGCCCACGACUCCUAUUGCAUACGGAGAAUAAACUUAUGAUUUCUGAUGGUACGGUACAUUGUGAAGGCCAACCUGGACAGCUUACACAGGAUGAAAAUCAAAGUCCAGUUGGAAGCAUUGAUGAUGAGUCUGUCUAUGAUGGAGGUAUCGAAGAGAGUUUCGUUGAAGUGUCCAAUGCUAGGGAUAUGCUGGUCCCCACUGUGUGUGGCGAGAGCUCUGGAGUGCGUAUAGAAGAUCUGUUUGCACAAGGACCCAGUUUAUCAAGGGGCUGUGAAGGUCAGACAAAGAGCGUGCGCCGAGAUCUUUUUAGAGCAGCCUCAGCCCCCCAUAGGCAACACAGGCGAAUCGAUGUUGCGGACCGGGGUCCAUACCAAUCUCCGUCGCAAGGAGAGCUGGCCUCUAUUGAUUCCUCCCGGAAUACAGCAAUAACAUCGAGCACUCGUGGCAAAAACUUCAAGCAGACCAAAGGGGAUACAACCCUACAGACACUCCAAACGUACACGCAGGGCAUGUUGCUUGAUUCUCGUAAGGUGAGACAAAUUUUGCAUGAUAGAUAAUAGAUCUAGCGCAUUUGCUAAUUAGGUGAAGCGUCUUAUGCGCGAAUUAGACACUGAGAAGCAAACAGUCAAUAGUGUCUUGGAAACAUAUCACCGACAGUGCCACGGCGUACUCGAUCAACUUUUCGAGGCACAAGAAGAACGAAUAAACCUAUGUAAGCAGCAGAUGGACAUAAUCAGAGACCACCAUACAAACGUCUGUCAAGAGAUAAUUCAACGC